AUGUUAGAAUAUCGAUCUGGAGGUAACACAUAUCAAUAUGUGGUAUCAAAAUUAAGUCCAAAACCUUUCGGCGGGCCUCCUCCGUCAUGGUGCAAAGGUGUCGGGCAUGGUGAUGAAUUACUUUAUUUUUUCAACAUUACACAGUUUCUGUCACUGGACGAAGACGUGGUACUGAAUGAUGAAGAUAAGGAUUUUGAAAAGAAAAUGAUAAGCUAUUGGACAUAUUUUGCUAAGACUGGAGUGCCAUACGGUGGUGAUGGGUCGGUACAAUGGAAACCAUACAAUAUUGAAGACAAACAUUAUGUGAAUUUAGACGAUGAGAUGGCACUGAAAAGUAACUACAAACCUGAAAUAAUGGACCUUUGGUCAAACCAACUACCAGCUACUGAUUUGGAAUCAGCGACUCCAGACAACGGUCAACGUGAUGAAUUAUGGUUAUUUUAGUUUCAAUGAUAUUUAUCUGUUGUAUUCAUUGUGUUUUAAUAUUGAGAUAGCUUUUUAUGAUAAAACAUAUGUGUUAAAGGCACAAAUGACUACUCUCAGGAUGUAUAUUUGAUCGAGUGAUCAUUUGACUUCUAUGUAAAUAGGAAUAAUGCUGGACUCCCCAAGCCAACAUAAACUGAUCCUAAACUUAAA